AUGAAGCUGAUUGCAGAUUACAAACUUGGUGCUGAAGAAAUAGGAGAACGUGUAUUUGCGGAAUAUAGAGAAGCAACUGACGAUGAUUCAUCAGCAAAAUAUGGACAUAUGAAUAUUGGUUAUACAGCAAUGUCAUUCUCAUAUCGAAUGGAGACAAGUAACACUGAUUCACGAGAUGAAGAUAGCAACGAGGCGAUUGAAGAUAAACCAGUUGACGAUAGUAUUAAAGAAGUAAGACAAAAAAAAUUCACUUUUCAAGAAGUACUUUUUCAGAUGGAAUUCUUCGAUUUGGAUUAUUUAGAAGAUAAACUUCUCGAAUGUAUUCAAGCAGUACCUCGUUGGUAUUAUUUGCGAAAAAUACCUACCGAAGGCGAUUAUCCAGACGAAAAUGAUAUGGUUGAUGAAAAUAUUUCACAUUUACGUCAUGUUGCUGAGCGUUCACCAUAUUUUCGUGAACUUCAUAUUAAUGCAGAUCUUGAUUUUGCUCGCGUUCUUUCAUCAAAUGUCGAACUUGGCAUCUUACUUUCGUUUCAACUUGAAAUACUUUAUUUUACUGUAAAAUAA